CUACUUCACCAACAAAGUCUGAAUGAAGUCAAGAAGAACAUUCUUUCAAUGGAACCUCAGGGCAUGAUACUGCUCCCAGGAGCAUAUGGUCAACAGACCUGGGUCAAUGCAGAUGAAACCCGCAACUCAAAGACCAUCAUCACCAAAGACAAAAAUCUCACCUGGGAAGAACUCAAUGAAGCCGCUCCUCGCAUGAUUACCACUAUGCAACAGCAUAAAUGGCCCGAAGACUAUAUCAACAUGUACAUCAGUUUCUGGACAGCCCUUCAGAAUCAUCGUUGGCGCCACGUCAGUGACAUCCUGAAGCAGCAGGCACUCCUACUCUACCAG